GCGUGCGCCGCAUCCUGUGGCUUGGCUGCGAUGGCGGCAACUGCGGAGACUUCGGAGGAGGACCCACUACGGAGCUUUGUGCGAGUUUUGGAGAAGCGGGAUGGCACGGUGCUACGCCUCCAGCAGUAUAGCUCCGGUGGCGUGGGUUGCGUUGUCUGGGACGCAGCUAUUGUCCUUUCUAAAUACCUGGAAACGCCCGGGUUUUCUGGCGACGGGACGCACCUGCUGAGCCGGCGGUCGGUCCUGGAACUGGGCUCAGGCACUGGGGCCGUGGGGCUCAUGGCCGCCACCCUAGGGGCACAUGUUGUAGUCACCGAUCUUGAGGAACUGCAGGACCUGCUGAAGAUGAAUAUUGACAUGAACAAGCAUCUUGUCACUGGUUCUGUUCAAGCCAAGGUACUGAAAUGGGGGGAAGAAAUAGAAGACUUUCCUUCGCCACCAGACUACAUACUGAUGGCCGACUGCAUAUACUAUGAAGAGUCUUUGGAGCCAUUGCUGAAAACCCUAAAAGAUCUCAGUGGAUAUGAGACUUGUAUUAUAUGUUGUUAUGAACAACGAACAAUGGGGAAAAAUCCAGAAAUCGAGAAAAAAUACUUUGAGCUCCUUCAAUUAGACUUUGACUUUGAAAAAAUUCCUUUGGAAAAACAUGAUGAAGAGUAUCGAAGUGAAGAUAUUCAUAUUAUAUACAUAAGAAAGAAAAAAUCGGUAAAUACAUUCCCAGUUUUUCAUCCUCUGGGGAGGAGGAGGUUUCGUCAGCUGGUUACUGUGUCUGGGCUUUUGUGCAGUAUAGACCUUGAUUUUGAUGUGCUCAAAGAGCUCUGAUGGUUCCUGGAGGCACUAACUCUCAGUGUUAGGAUCACUUAAACUAUCUUCCCUUGGUUUCUUGCUCUGAAAUGAGGUGUGCUUCUUUUUUAAAGGUCCCUUCCACGGUAAGUUUAGCUCUGUAACUGGGCAUUACCUCAGACAAACGACAUAGCUAAAGUUUCUUUUAUCUCUGUGAAGUUUUUUAAAGCCAGUUCUAACCAUUUUGAAUUUUGUUCAGCCAUUAAUUUUUUUUUAACAAAGUGAAAUACAGCCAGGCAGUUCUGUCCAUAAAAGAAAAAUACAGUCAAUUAAACAGAAUUUCUCAAUGUUCUCCUUGGUUGGUGCUUCCUUUCCUGGGUAUAACCAUCACAUUUUUUUACUGGUUGCUUCUGUGACAUCUAGAGUUUGAGCCUGUAGAAGGGAAGAACUGUAUCUUACCCAUGUUUGUAUUACCAGCACCUUUUGUAUAUGUGACACAAGUCAGGGACAUGAUGAAUUUUAUGAAUUAAAGAUGUUGAUUUUAAUAACUCCUGCUUGUUUCUGUUCUCUUUGCUUUGAGUGAAUUUGUCCUUAAGUUUUCUGACUGAAUUUUAGCCAAAAGUAAAUAUAACCUAUACUUUUAAGGAACAAGAGUAGGUGUUAAGUCUAAAUCUAAGGGGGGGAGGGAUGAUAGGAUUUGGAUUAGUGAUUCGGAUCUGCAUUCGCAUGGCAGAGUUCACCUGUUAAAAUUUUUUUUGUUUUGUUUAUUUAAAAAGCACAGUGACUGAGAAAUCUUCAUCUGCUGGUUCACUUCCUAAAUACUUACAGCAGCUGGGACGGAGCCAGGCUGAAGCAGGAUCCUGGAACUCCACACAGGUCUUCCUGCAGGGCAGCAGGGACCCAAGUACCUGAGCCAUCACCUGCUUCCCUGCAGGGUGCACAUUGGCAGGAAACUAGAAUCUGAAGCAGAUCUGGGGCUCAAACCUAGGCACUGCGGUAUGGGAUGUUGGCAUCCCAAGCAGCAUUUAAAGCACUGUGGCAAACACCUGCCCCCAGAGUUCACCUUUUAAAGUAUACAGUUCAGUGUUGUAGUAUUUUCAAAGUUGAGGAAAUCAUCACUUUCUCAUUUUUCACAUUAUUUUGCUCUUUUUAUUAAAAAAAAAAAAAAAAGACUAUUUGAAAGGCAGAGUGGCAGAGGGAGAGACAGGGAGAGAGAAACCCUUCACUGAUUCAUUUUCAAAAUGCCAGUGCCCACAACACUGGAGAUAGGCACGCCAAAGCUGGAAGCCAGGAACUCCUUCCAGGUCUCCCAUGUGGGUGGCAAGAGCCCAGUACUAGGGUAGUCAUCUGCUGCUUCCUAGGGACUUCAGUAGGAAGCUGGAUCAGCAGCACAGAGUAGCCAGGACUCCAGGAUGGUGUGUGGGAGCUAGUGCUAGUUUAACCUGCUGUGCCACAGCCUGCCCCACCAUUUUCUAACUUUAAAGGUUUUUAUCACCCCAGAAAGAAAUUACAUCCCUAUCAGCUGUCACUUCCUGUCCCCACCCCCACCUGUCCCUGCCUGUAGUGACCACUAAGCUGUCUCUGGAUUUGUUCUGUGCAUGUCAUAUAAAUGGAGUCAUGUACUGUGUUGUCUGUGUCUGGGUGCUUUCACUUGGCACUGUUUUCAAGGUCUUGUUUUAGUGUAAGCCAGGAUUUUACUUUUUGUUGAGUAACAUUCCUUUGUGUAGAUAUACAUGUCCUAUCCGUCCAUCAAUUAAUGGCCUUUUCAUUUGUUCCUGUUUUUAAUUGUAAUGGUCUGCCAUGAACAUUCAUGUGGAAAUUUUUGUGUGAACAUGUGUUUUCAAAUCUCAAGUAUAUACUUAGAGUGGAAUUGUUAGGUUAUAUGAGAGCUCUGUGUAGCUUUUGAGAAAUUGACAAACUGUUCGAGGCUCCUGUACCAUUUUACAUUCCCACCAUGAGAGGAUGAGAGUUCCAGUUUCUCCGCAUCCUUACCAUCACUUGUUAUUGUUUAUCUUUGCUAUUACAGCCAGCUUAGUUGGUGUGAAACAGUGUCUCAUUACGGUUUUUAUUUUUAUUUCCCUGGCAGUGAGUGAUGGUGAGUAUCCUUUCGUGUCUCCAGAGAAAUACUUUGCCUAUUUUCAAACUGAGUUGUCUUUUCCUGAUUUAUUAUAAGAGUACUUUAUUUAUUCUGGUUACCAGACACUUCUUGGAUACAUGGCUUGGAAAUAAUUUUUCCAGUCUGUGUCUUCUCAUUUUUGUGGUAGUAUAUCCUUUAAACAAAUUGUCUUUUUAAAAGUUUUUGAGAGGCAAGGAGACAGAGAGCUCCAGUCUACUCUUUCAUUCUCCAAAUGACUGUGAUGGCCAUGACUGGAUUGGGUUGAUCCUAGCAGCCAGCAACUCAGCCCACGCCUCCAACAUGGGUGGCAGUGACCCACUUACCUGAGCCAUCAGCACUGCCUCCAAAGUUCUGCAUUAGUAGAAAGUUGGAAUCAGGAGUAGGAGCCCAGAACUGAACACAGGUACUCUGAUGUGGGGGCAGCUGUCUCAAUCUGCAUCUUUUUUUUUUUUUUCUUUAAGAUUUAUUUGAAAAGCAGAGUUAAAGAGAGAGAGAUAUUCUGCCUGCUGGUUCACUCCCCAAAUGGCUGCAACAGCUGGGGCUAUGCCAGGCUGGGGCAAGGAGCCAUUAGCUAAGUCUUCUGCAUCUCCCACAUGAAUGCACAAGGACUUGGGUCAUCUUCCACUGCUUUCCCAGGCACAAUAGCAGGGAGCUGGAUGGGAAGUGGAGCAGCCAGACUUGAACCAGCCCAUGUGGGAUGCUGGCACUGCCAACAGCAGCUUAACCAACUGUACCACAGCUCUGGCCCUUCAACCUUCAUCUUAGCUGCGAGGCUAAAUGUCUCAUACUAGUUUUUCUUUUGAUAAUGCUGAAGCAUCUAUUUUCUCUUGGGUUGCUUGUUUUUUAGCUGUCAACUAAGAACAUUAUAUGAUGCUGUGGUAGUUCACUUGAAUUGACAUUUAGCCACUCCUAGGAAUCUUCUCUAAUACUCAUUUCCUAGUAAAUACCUAAUUGGUGGUGAGCAACAAUUCUGUAAGUUUUCUUUUUCUUUC